AUGAAGAAAAAACCAAGAAGACAUCAAAGCAAAAAAUAAUCUUACUAAAAUAAAGGAUAGGAAGUUGAAGAAAUAUUAUCCUAAGAGGAAGACACUCAAGAUUUCUCUGAAUUAGAGGAGAAUCAAUAAUAUGUGAGCAUUUUAGAAUGGAAAAAACUGUAAGAGGAGAGUUCCAAAAAAAUGACAGGAAAUAAUUUGAUUGUUUCAUAAAAUUCAAAGGAUUUUCCAAAGUUAGAUAAAGUUCCACUUAAGUCAUGUCUAAAGAAGGCAAAGAAGGACAUCUAUGUCUAAUAUGAGGAAUUGUUUGGAAAGCUAUCUGAGGAUUAAUUGUAGACAGAAAUUUCAUCGGAGAAAUUGUAACUGAACCAACAAUAAAUCAAAUAAUGCAUAAUUGUUACUGAAUUCAAUAAUAUUAUGAAUGAUGACGAUGAUGAAGUAAUGUAUAUAUUUAAUGUUUAGAUAUCCAUAACACUAGACGAAUUAGACGAUUUCAUUUAUGAGGACAAGGGUCAAAAGAAAAAUGAUAAAUUUGAUAUAUCCUAAUUUGAUAAUAUAAAGAAAAGAAUUGAACUUAAUCAGAAAAUCUAAUUUAAUCAUUGCGAAAUUCACAACAAUUGA